AAAAUCUUACUUUAAAUCUCCCAUUAUCAGCUGUUUCCAAGUUGACCAAGUUCCUUUUUUUUUUGUUUAUGGUCCUCUCUCCCCAUUUUCUUGUUUUUAUAUACUUUUUGUUUUUGUUUUCACUCGAUUUGUUCAAAGUCUUCUUCUCCUUUUUGUUAACAUUAUUGUCUACAUGUUUCUGAAAGCGAGGUUGUAAUUUUUAUUAAGAGAUUCGUCAAACCCUUUGUGUAGACCACAUGCUCUUCUUUUUCAUAAGAUUUUGAGAUACAAUCAGAAAAACAGAGGAACAGAUAAGAGGUUCUUUGUGGGUUCUGAAGAUGAGUUCAAGAACUGGAGCCUUUAUGCUCCUGAUCUUGCUUUAUUUCCAAAUUUGUUCUGUAUAUGCGCUCACAAAUGUUUUAGACAGUUCUCCUUUAAAAGCCGUGAAGGAUGAAUGGACCACUCCUCCUGAUGGUUGGGAAGGCUCUGAUCCUUGUGGAACCAAUUGGGUUGGAAUUAAAUGUAGAAAUGACCGUGUCAUCUCAAUAUCACUAGGUAACCUUAACUUGGUAGGAAAUCUUGCUCCUGAUAUUUCGUUCUUGUCAGAGUUGGAGAUCUUGGAUUUGUCUUACAAUACUGGGUUGACUGGACCACUUCCAUCAAAUAUCGGUAGCCUUAAGAACUUGAAGAGCUUGAUUCUUGUGGGAUGUCGUUUCAGUGGUGCAAUCCCUGACUCCAUUGGAUCUCUUAAAGAACUUGUAUAUCUCUCACUAAAUUUAAAUGGAUUUACUGGAACGAUUCCGGCUUCCAUUGGGCGGUUAUCGAAACUAUAUUGGUUCGAUAUAGCUGACAAUCAGAUCGAGGGAGAGCUUCCAGUUUCUAAUGGGACUUCUUCACCUGGACUUGACAUGCUUCUUGCAACUAAGCAUUUUCAUUUUGGGAAAAACAGGCUUUCUGGCAAGAUACCAGAAGAACUUUUCAGCUCAAACAUGACUUUGAUACAUGUGCUCUUGGAUGGAAACCAAUUCACAGGUGAAGUCCCAGAGACCCUCGGCCUCGUUAAGACGUUGACGGUGUUACGUCUUGAUAGGAAUAAACUAACUGGAAAUAUUCCUUCAGGUCUUAAUAAUCUCACAAGUCUUCAAGAACUGUACUUGGCCAACAACAAAUUUACUGGUAGUCUCCCAAAUUUAAACGGCUUGACCAGUCUCUACACAUUAGAUGUUAGCAAUAACACUUUGGAUUUCUCACCCAUUCCAUCAUGGAUCUCUUCAUUACGUUCCCUGUCAACAUUAAGGAUGGAAGGGAUCCAACUUAAUGGUUCAAUACCAAUCUCAUUUUUCAGCCCUGCUCAAUUGCAGACUGUUAUCCUAAAGCGCAACGGUAUAGUGGAAACCUUGGACUUUGGUACCGACUAUAGCAACCAGCUGGAGUUUGUGGAUUUACAAUACAAUGAGAUAUCUGAGUAUAAGCCAGCAUCUAAUAAAGCCAUCCAAGUAAUAUUGGCAAAUAAUCCUGUGUGCAUGGAGGCGGGAAACCGAGCGAGUUACUGCUCAGCAAUCCAACACAAUACCUCCUUUUCUACACUCCCAACAAACUGUUCCCCCUGUGAACAGAACAUGGAAGCUAGUCCCACAUGCCGCUGUGCGCAUCCAUUCACGGGAACACUCUACUUCAGGUCUCCUUCCUUUUCAGGGUUGUUCAACUCCACCAACUUCUCAAUCCUACAGAAGGCAAUCACGGAUUUCUUUAAGAAGUUCAAUUAUCCUGUAGAUUCCGUGGGUGUCCGAAAUAUUAGAGAGAAUGCAACUGAUCAUCAGCUUCUAAUAGAUCUCCUGGUCUUUCCAUUAGGCAGAGAUAGUUUUAAUCAGACAGGAAUGUCACUUGUUGGUUUUGCGUUUAGUAACCAGACGUAUAAGCCUCCUCCUAUAUUUGGCCCUUACAUUUUCAAAGCCGAUCUGUACAAGAAGUUCUCUGAUGUAGAAGAAGGAUCCAAGUCAUCCAACAUGGGCAUUAUCAUCGGAGCUGUAGUUGGUGCCAUUGUUUUUAUACUGUUGUUAACAAUAGCUGGGGUUUACGCUCUCAGGCAGAAAAAGAGAGCAGAGAGAGCAACCGGUCAAAAUAAUCCUUUCGCCAAGUGGGAUACGAGUAAGAGUAGUAUUGGUGCUCCACAGCUAAUGGGAGCAAAAGCCUAUACUUUUGAUGAGCUGAAGAAAUGUACAGAUAACUUUUCAGAGGCAAAUGAUGUUGGGGGUGGAGGUUAUGGAAAGGUGUAUAGAGGGAUUCUUCCAAAUGGGCAACUCAUAGCAAUCAAAAGGGCUCAACAAGGAUCUUUGCAAGGAGGGUUGGAGUUCAAAACUGAGAUUGAGCUUCUUUCAAGGGUCCAUCAUAAGAAUGUUGUCAGACUCUUGGGCUUCUGCUUUGAUCGAAAUGAACAAAUGCUCGUCUACGAGUACAUUUCAAAUGGGUCUCUUAAAGACAGUCUCUCAGGAAAGAGUGGGAUACGAUUAGAUUGGACAAGAAGGCUUAAAAUAGCACUAGGUUCAGGAAAGGGCUUGGCUUAUCUUCAUGAGCUUGCUGAUCCUCCAAUUAUACACAGAGACAUCAAAUCAAAUAACAUCUUACUUGAUGAAAAUCUUACUGCAAAGGUUGCCGAUUUCGGCCUUUCCAAACUUGUGGGAGACCCUGAGAAAACUCACGUGACAACACAAGUGAAAGGAACCAUGGGCUACCUGGAUCCUGAGUACUACAUGACAAAUCAAUUGACGGAGAAGAGUGAUGUGUAUGGUUUUGGUGUGGUGAUGCUCGAGCUAUUAACCGGUAGAAGUCCAAUAGAGAGAGGCAAAUAUGUGGUGAGAGAGGUGAAGACGAAGAUGAAUACAUCGAGAAAUCUGUAUGACCUGCAAGAAUUGCUGGACACAACAAUCAUAGCAAGCAGUGGGAAUCUGAAAGGGUUCGAGAAGUAUGUCGAUCUUGCUCUGAGAUGUGUGGAGGAGGAAGGAGUUAACAGGCCAUCAAUGGGUGAGGUUGUAAAAGAGAUAGAGAACAUAAUGCAGCUUGCGGGACUAAAUCCUAACGCAGAUUCAGCAACAAGUUCAAGAACGUACGAGGACGCAAUCAAAGGAUCUGGUGAUCCUUAUGGCAGUGAAUCGUUUCAGUACAGUGGGAAUUUCCCAGUUUCAAAGCCUGAGCCCCAAUGAUUAAUUAUGUCUUCCCUCUUUUUUUUAUUUUUGUUAUUUUCUUAGUGACUGCAUACUUGAAGUGCCUUGUGAAUGUGAGCUAGCAUGAUUUGAUAUGUUUGUCACUGAUUAUAAAGCAGAGGAAUGGAGCCAAACUAAGAAGUACCCACUCAUAUGAGUGUGUUUUUAAAUGUAAUGUUUCAUAAUUUGUUUCUUCGCAUUACCACCAACACUAUUGACAUAUCAAUAUACCAAACCAAUCUUACUUUAAA